CUCUAUUUGCUAGACAUGCGAAAGGAGCCUCACUUGCAGUGGCUGGCGGUGCCGUUGCAAGGCAAAACGCCGGGCCGACGCUACGGCCACGUGAUGGGCUACUGCAAGCCCAACAUCAUCGUACACGGCGGCAACGACGGGGAACGGCCUCUAAGCGAUGUCUGGUAUAUGGAUGUAGAAGCCUCGCCCUUUCGCUGGAAUGAAGUGCUGCUCCCGACAGACGGCAAAAGACCCUCACCUAGGGUUUAUCAUGCUGCAGAGGGUGGCUACUACACGGCAUAG